AUGUCAGCCAACGCUCCUCAGCCCGUGAAGCUAUCAUUGCCCCUUGAAUACCAACAAAACCUCUUUCAAGAGCUGAGAAAUGAAGAUGAGCUUGUCGUACUUGCCCGCGGGCUGGGGCUGAUGCGGUUGGUCACCAAUCUGCUUCAUUCCUAUGAUGCUGCAGGAAACAAUCUGAUAAUUCUCGUCGGCGCGGAGGACCGUGAGAACAACUGGAUCGGAGAAGCCCUCGCGGAGCACGCCGCGAUCAGCAUGUCCCCUAACGCCAGGGGGCUCACGGUCGUCAACACCGACUUCACCAGCGUAGGCGCCAGAGAAAAGAUGUACGCACGUGGCGGGAUCUUCAGCAUCACCUCGCGUAUUUUAGUCGUCGACCUACUGACGAAUUUGCUCGACACCGAGAAAGUGACUGGUCUCGUGGUCUUGCACGCCGAUCGUGUCGUUGCGACAUCCCUUGAGGCCUUCAUCUUGAGAAUCUAUCGCCAGAAAAACAAGGCCGGCUUCUUGAAGGCGUUUGCCGACAAUCCUGAUCCAUUUCCAACGGGCUUUUCGCCAUUGUCUACUAUGAUGAGGAACCUAUUUCUCAAGAAAGCAUCAUUAUGGCCGCGAUUUCAUGUCACAGUAGCCCAGUCGCUGGAAGGCAAGAAGACAGCAGAGGUCAUUGAGCUGAACAUCACCAUGACGGAUUCUAUGCGAGACAUUCAGAACUCCAUUCUCGAGUGCGUCGAAGUCAGCAUCCACGAGUUGAAGAAAGGAAAUACUGGUCUGGAGAUGGAAGAUUGGAAUCUCGACAGCGCCUUGCACAAGAACUUUGAUGUUAUCAUCCGGAGACAGCUUGAUCCAAACUGGCACCGAGUCAGCUGGAAGACGCGGCAGAUUGUCAACGAUUUGAGCGUUCUGCGUGGCAUGUUAUCGUCAGUAUUGACACUCGACGCCGUUUCCUUUCUCCAGCACCUGGAUACAAUCCACGCGGCGCAUUCACCGCCUCCGGGUUCAACGCGUCAAAACCAGUCUCCAUGGCUUUUUCUUGACGCCGCGCAAACAAUUUUUGAGACUGCUCGAAGGAGAGUCUACGCAGCCAGCUCAAAGGCGGCCACGGCAGACGCCAACAUCGACUCCCUCAAGCCUGUGCUCGAGGAACAACCAAAAUGGGCUUGGCUGGCAGAUGUUCUGACAGAGAUUGACAAUAGCAUGCACUUCGACCCUCCAGCCCGUGAUGAUUCUAAUGGAACCAUCCUGAUCAUGUGCGGCGACACAAACACCUGCAGACAACUCCGCGACUACCUGCAGACGAUGCAUUUCAAGCCUAAGGUUGAGAAGGAUCCAUCUGCGGAGGACGAAGAAGACGAGGACCAGCCAUCGGCAGCUUUCAUGAUGAGAAGAAAGUUGCGCAAUUAUCUUCGAUGGAAAAAGGAGUUUGCCCAGGUCAACGCAACACUUUUCUCGGAGAAUCAGAAAGCUCUGAAUGGCGCGACUGACAGGGCAGGUCAACCGCUCAGAGGGAAGUCAAACAAGCGGAGGCGUAUGAGAGGUGGCGGGGCUGGUGGACAAACCCUCACGCGAGCCGAGAAUGGCAGCAUCAUGCAAUUCUUUGAGCGGCCGGGAGAGGUUGAAGACCUCAUGGCGGAGGUUCAAAUCACCGAAGAAGAAGCCGAACAGAAACCGGAGAUCGUCACUGACCCACUGGAGAACAUGGAGGACUAUUACCAACUCUACGAGAUGCAGGAUCUCGUUGUUAUUCACGCAUAUGACGGAGACCAUGACGAGCACGUCUUGGAGGAGGUGAAGCCGCGGUACAUCAUCAUGUACGAACCAGAUGCCGCCUUCAUCCGUCGAGUGGAAGUCUACCGGUCCUCGCACAACGACAGAAAUGUCCGCGUGUAUUUCCUCUACUAUGGCGAGUCUGUCGAGGAGCAACGCUAUCUCUCCAGCGUUAGACGAGAAAAGGACGCCUUUACCAAGUUGAUCAAGGAGCGAGCGUCCAUGUCGUUGGUCAUGACUGUAGAUCCUCACGGGGUUGAGGAUCCGCAGGAAGCAUUCCUCCGUACAAUCAACACCAGAAUUGCAGGCGGCGGCCGACUGGCCGCAACAGCGCAGCCGCCGCGUGUGGUGGUUGAUGUGAGAGAGUUCCGCUCUUCAUUACCUUCACUGCUCCACGGGCGCUCCAUGAUUAUCGUGCCCUGCAUGUUGACCGUGGGCGAUUACGUUCUAUCGCCCAACAUCUGUGUCGAACGAAAGUCCAUCAGCGAUCUCAUCUCGUCCUUUAAGGACGGCCGCCUGUACGCGCAGGCGGAGACCAUGUUUCAACAUUACAAGAACCCGAUGCUCCUCAUUGAAUUCGACCAGAACAAAUCUUUCACGCUGGAGCCUUUUGCCGACCUCUCUGGCAGUCUAAACAGCAUUGCGCCGACUAAUGUAUCGUCUGACCUGCAGUCGAAGCUCGUAUUGCUCACUCUCGCGUUUCCAAAGUUGCGAAUCAUCUGGUCGUCGUCGCCGUAUCAGACCGCCGAGAUUUUUGAGUCGUUGAAGUCGCAGGAGGAUGAGCCGGAUCCCAUCGCUGCGGUACGCGCUGGGCUAGACAAGGAUAUGAAUGCAGAGGACCAAUCGUUCAAUCUCGAGCCGCAGGAGAUGCUGUCUGCCGUACCGGGUGUCAAUCCUAAAAAUAUCAUGCGAUUGGUGCUUGCCACGGAGAAUUUGAGAGAAGUGGCGAACUUGAACGAGCGGGAGCUUGAGCCGAUGGUGGGGAAGGAAGCUGGGCGACAGAUUUAUGGAUUUUUCAAUCGCAAUGUGUUGGAAGAUUGA